GUUGUCAGCGACCGAACCGACCAGUUCUUGUUCGAACUCCUACGCUCUAGCAGCAAGUUACCAGUCAAGACCCAAGAAAGGCCUAAAGCUAACCACAAGUUAGUCAAGUGAGUGUUGGAAAUGUGCAAUCUGUGAUAAAAGUUUUCAAACUAUAUAUGACAUACGGUCUGCUCUUAGUGUGUUGAAGUUGUAGAAAAAAGUGAAGGGAGGGAAAUUGUAGCUGAAUUGAAUUUGUACUGUUUGCUGAAACGAUUUUGAGAAGCAUCAGGCAGACAAUAGUCGAUUCACUUUAAACAUCCCCAGGGGAAAUUGGAAAGAAUACGCAAUAACAGAACACAGGCAGAGGCAGAAAAUUGCCACGACAUUUGCUGAAACACAAGGCAAAAGAAAGUGGGAAAAGGAGCUUCUCUGAUUUGACAAAAAAACUUACAAAACACCCCGCACAUACACAAUAAAACAGAAUCAUGUCUGAUGCACAGAGCGAUAACCCAAUCUACGGACCCUUCUUCGGAGUCAUGGGAGCAGCCUCAGCCAUCAUUUUCAGUGCUCUGGGAGCCGCCUAUGGUACCGCUAAAUCAGGAACUGGUAUCGCUGCCAUGUCAGUGAUGCGACCAGAAUUGAUCAUGAAAUCUAUCAUUCCCGUUGUCAUGGCUGGUAUUAUUGCCAUUUACGGUUUGGUCGUAGCUGUCCUUAUUGCUGGUGCUUUGGAAGAGCCCUCAUCUUACACAUUGUACAAGGGUUUCAUUCAUUUGGGUGCCGGUUUGUCGGUAGGUUUCUCUGGUUUAGCGGCAGGUUUUGCGAUCGGUAUUGUUGGUGAUGCUGGUGUAAGAGGUACAGCACAGCAGCCGCGUCUCUUCGUCGGUAUGAUUUUGAUUCUCAUUUUCGCUGAAGUAUUGGGUCUGUACGGUCUUAUUGUUGCCAUUUACUUGUACACAAAAUAAAUUAAUUCAACAAUUAAAACCACAAAUCCAACAUCCACAUCAAUUAAAAACAAAAAUAUGCAAAAAAAAUCAACCAACCAAACAAUCAUUAAAAUGCAACAAGCAACAUCCAUCAAAGAAAUUUGUAAUAAUAUAAACGCAGCAACAACCAAACAAAGCCAAGGCGAGCAGGAUCAGCGACAAGUAUUAGAGUAAAAGUAGCUGGCAAACAAUGGUAAAAGCAGCAGCAGCAACAACAACAGCAGCAGAUCUCAAGCAGAGCCACAAGAAUUGCUUGUAAAAAAGCCAAAAUGAAAAUAAAGUUCCACGAAUGGCUGAUUUUUAGUAUUGAAAUAUUCAUAACGUCGAUGAAAGGAAGAGACAAACGAGUUGUUGCGUGACAGUAUUUGCUUUACAAAAUGUCACAACAUUCUGUAUUUGCCUCGAGCCGCACACAAUUUCGUCUAUAUGUAUGUCUAUAUAUAUAUAUAACCCAGCUUUAUUCUAUUUAUGUUACGUUACUUUAUGAUUUUAAUUUAUUUUUUGGGGAACUAAGACCAUUAUCAACAACCAAAACAAAAAAUUACAACAAUUUAUAUUUGUAUAUACAUAAAGUAACCAAGUGUUAAACUAAAAAGAAAGUCUGGGUUUCUUUUUUCGCCGUGAAUGCGCAAUGGGAAUAAAGUAACUACGGAAAUGUUAUUUAUAUUUCAACACUUACACAACUGCGGUUGCACCGGAGAGCUAACGAUCGCAACAAACGUCGCUGCCAAUGUUUUUUUGUUUUGUUUUUAGUUACCGUAUUUCGUUCAAAAAAAAAAAAUAUUUUUGCUGUGAGUUUAAAAAUUGCUUCCUCUUGUUGUCACGUGUUUAUGCGUUUAUAUUACUAGCGAUUUUCUAAUUCGUUAAUGUUUUUUCUGAUAUUUCCUUUUUGUUUCUGUGUAAUUAUAAUUAUAAAUAUUUUUCAACAACGUUUAUUGUUGUUGUUUAAAGAAAAACUUGCGUAUUCAAAGUAGAAAAUGAAAACAUAAAUACUACAAACCAAAAGCAGUAAAAGUUAAAAAGCAAACGGGAAUGGAAUCAACCAACCAACCAACAAACUUAUUAAAUAAAAUGUACAUGUAAAUUUAAAUUUAAAAUUAAUAUUAAAUUUAAUUAAAUUUAAAUAAAGAAAACAAAGAAACAGUAUAUAGUUAAAAAAUAUUAAAUAAUUAGUGAGAAACCACCAACAAAGCAACAACAAAGACAACCAUCAAAUGAACAAAAACCACCACCACCACCAAAAACAACAAAACGAGAACAGCACGUAAAGAACUGAAUGCGAACCACACCACUUUCGGGGAAUACGCCUUCAGUAAAAGUGAGACGUCGCGGCUAAUGUGGGUUGAACCGCAAUUUUUCAUUGAACUUCUGCUAAACGGCGAUGUUUAGCACAACUUUUGAAGAUAUACUACUUCACUACUCCCCACUGGGCGCUUGCGUGCAACGCAUAUGAACAACACAACACACACACACACACACAUCGAGGAACUGAUUGCUUAACGGCAUCAUAUGCGCCCAAUAACAUUCAUCACCACCGCUUCAAGCCUACUUUUAGGCGUUAUCGUUUUCUACGCCGCACGUCUGCACACGCGGUUCGCAUUGUUUUUGUUGCAUUGAUUGAAGCAAAAGACCCAAUUGUUGUGUACCAAAAUGACAACUCGUUACAAUUAACACAAUCAUAAUGCUAAAUGGGCACAUUAAAACAACAAAUAGUCUUUUGAAAGGGAAACACACACACAUCCACGCAAAAUGAAGGAAUGGUUGAAACAACAUCGAUUAAAUCAGAACAUCAGAUCACAUACCAACACACACACACAACACACACUGUAACUAAGUCCCUAUAUAUAUAUGUGUUUAUUUUUAAUUAUUGUUCAAUUUGUAAGAACUAUUAUUAAUAAUAAUUAUAAUAUAUUUCUUUUUUCUUUUGUGAUAAGCUUAAAAGGAAGUUGUUUAUGAAACAUUUGAAAUUUCGAAGCGAAAACAUAAAAACUACUAAAUGGUAUUUAUAUAUGUAUAACUAUAUCUAUAAAUACUUAAUAUACAUACAUACAUAAACACAUAAUAUAGAUAUAUAUAUAUAAUUAUUAAAAAUAAUUUACAUACUAUACAUAUUUAAACCAAAUGGAAGCGCGAAAGCGCUGAAAUUGUUACAAAAGCUAAACAAAUUACAAAACAAAAAGCGAUAAACAAUAUGAUAAAGGAUAAAGGUGUACGUGGCGUAGCAUUUAAGGAAAAAAAAAACAAAACAAAAAACCGUUAGAAGUUGAUGCAAUACGAAACAAAGUCGGAGUUGAAGUAUGUGUGCAGUUGAAAGCUAAACGCCAUAGACAAGUAAAAUAUGACUUAGUGGCACACACAUACACACACACUUCUGCAAAUCACUUCCCGCAAGGCACUCACAUACCGGAUAUUUCGCAACUUUGCCAAAAGUGAAAAAAUAUUCGCUGUGUGCUUCUGCAACCACACUAAACAUCCACAUUAUUUCCUCUGUUAUGUAUAGAAAUGCAAAUAAUUAUAUAUAUAUAUAUACGAAAUUAUAAAAAGUAAACAAAUAUUAUGUAAAAUCUUAUAACAUAUAAAAAAAAUAACAAAUAUGUGCGUAUUUAGUAAAAUUUCGCUGAAGAAGAUAAAAUGUUAAAUAAGCAGUAGUCGAAAUCGAAAAGUAGACGCUAGAGCGUUGAAAGUCGAAGAUGAUGUAGUAGAAGAAAUGAAUUGAGGAAGUAACAAAAAUGUAAAA